AUGGAAGAAGAGAGAGAAACAUCGUCGAUGACGUGCGUGACGUCCAAGGAUCCCUUCCAAAUCCCUAACGAGGCGGUUAGUAAACCAAAAAAGGAGCCAACAACAACAACAUCAACAACAAAAACCCCUAAAACGACACGAGGUAGACAGAAGAUAGAGAUCAAGGAGAUCAUAGAAGAGAGCAAGAGACAAGUAACGUUCUCCAAACGGCGCCGUGGGCUGUUCAAGAAAUCAGCUGAACUGAGCGUUCUCACCGGUGCAAAGAUCGCCGUCAUAACGUUCUCUCGAUGCAAUAGGAUUUACAGGUUUGGCCAUGUGGACGCAUUGAUCGACAAGUAUCUUCGUAAUAGUCCGGUGAAAUUGGAGGGAUGUUCCGGUAAUAACGUGGCGGAGGAGGAAAGUAAGAGGCCGUGGUGGGAGCGUCCGGUGGAGAGUGUGCCAGAGGAGGAGCUUGAAGAUUACAUCGCAGCAUUGAGUGUGCUGAGAGAAAAUUUAGGGAAAAAGAUCAUUGCCAUGAGCAACGAUCGGCCGGUUGAGAUUGUUCCGGCAUGGCCUAUCAACAUGAUGGGUUGGAAACCAACGAUGGAUAUGCAAAACAUGGAAAAUCCGACGGAUGGGAUUACGCGAUGCCGUGUAGGUCAAAACGGCUGAUUGCUUGGUUGUUUACUCGUCAAGAGUAUU